GGAGGAGGAGGAAGAGGGAAGGCCAAGCAACUUGUAUAAAGUCCCGGGGUUCGAACAUGAGGGCCACAUUCACUCACCUUCACGCGCCUUUUUUCUCAGACUUGCGUGUUUUUGUGCGUCUGCUGCUGGAUUAUUUGUUUAAUGGCGCGACUUUGCCAGUUUUCCCAGAUGGAUGUUUACUUGUGGAUUGUAGUCUACUCCUGGCUCUCUGGCGCAGUUCUGUCGGCGCCGGCCGGGGACUCCGCGCCCACUGCGCAUGUGCGCAACAAGCGCUGCGCCUGCGCCACCUUCUUGGAUAAAGAGUGCGUUUAUUUCUGUCACCUGGACAUCAUAUGGGUCAACACACCUGAGCGAGUGGUCUCCUACGGCCUGGGCAACGCUCCCAGGAAGAGGCGCUCGGUCGGCGACAGUCGCCCGCGGUGUCGAUGCCAGCAUGAAGGAGACUUCACCUGCACCGACUUCUGCCAAAAGCUGGACGACAACAUGAGUGAGGAGACAUCGGCGGUGGUCCAAGGUGCAGAGAGAGGGCACACAAGCCAGACAAAAAGGACGAAGAGCGGCCACGACAGACAAGUGACGCCUCAGUGGCUCAGGGCCGUGUCUAAAACGCGGAACCUUCUGGAAAAAUGGAGACGCAGGGCGAGAACACGGCAGAUGGAAAGGAACAACUCCUGAAGAAGACACAAAAGAGGACAUUAAAGACACGGACCUUUCCAUGUUGGACCUGAAGUCAACAUCAUCACCUGUGGCGACUCUGAGAAGAAACAUUUCAAAAACUUUUGCAGCAAACCAAAGAAAACCAACACUGCCUCCACCCUUAUGGACCAUGAUCAUGUUGACUGCCUCCACCUUAUGGACCAUGAUCAUGUUGACUGCCUCCACCUUAUGGACCAUGAUCAUGUUGACUGCCUCCACCCUUAUGGACCAUGAUCAUGUUGACUGCCUCCACCUUAUGGACCAUGAUCAUGUUGACUGCCUCCACCUUAUGGACCAUGAUCAUGUUGACUGCCUCCACCUUAUGGACCAUGAUCAUGUUGACUGCCUCCACCCUUAUGGACCAUGAUCAUGUUGACUGCCUCCACCCUUAUGGACCAUGAUCAUGUUGACUGCCUCCACCUUAUGGACCAUGAUCAUGUUGACUGCCUCCACCUUAUGGACCAUGAUCAUGUUGACUGCCUCCACCCUAAUGGACCAUGAUCAUGUUGACUGCCUCCACCCUUAUGGACCAUGAUCAUGUUGACUGCCUCCACCUUAUGGACCAUGAUCAUGUUGACUGCCUCCACCUUAUGGACCAUGAUCAUGUUGACUGCCUCCACCCUAAUGGACCAUGAUCAUGUUGACUGCCUCCACCCUUAUGGACCAUGAUCAUGUUGACUGCCUCCACCUUAUGGACCAUGAUCAUGUUGACUGCCUCCACCUUAUGGACCAUGAUCAUGUUGACUGCCUCCACCCUAAUGGACCAUGAUCAUGUUGACUGCCUCCACCCUUAUGGACCAUGAUCAUGUAGACUGCCUCCACCUUAUGUAGACUGCCUCCACCCUUAUGGACCAUGAUCAUGUUGACUGCCUCCACCCUUAUGGACCAUGAUCAUGUUGACUGCCUCCACCCUUAUGGACCAUGAUCAUGUUGACUGCCUCCACCCUUAUGGACCAUGAUCAUGUUGACUGCCUCCACCCUUAUGGACCAUGAUCAUGUUGACUGCCUCCACCUUAUGGACCAUGAUCAUGUUGACUGCCUCCACCUUAUGGACCAUGAUCAUGUUGACUGCCUCCACCUUAUGGACCAUGAUCAUGUUGACUGCCUCCACCUUAUGGACCAUGAUCAUGUAGACUGCCUCCACCCUUAUGGACCAUGAUCAUGUUGACUGCCUCCACCUUAUGGACCAUGAUCAUGUUGACUGCCUCCACCUUAUGGACCAUGAUCAAGUUGACUGCCUCCACCCUUAUGGACCAUGAUCAUGUUGACUGCCUCCACCUUGUGGACCAUGAUCAUGUAGACUGCCUCCACCUUAUGGACCAUGAUCAUGUUGACUGCCUCCACCCUAAUGGACCAUGAUCAUGUUGACUGCCUCCACCUUAUGGACCAUGAUCAUGUAGACUGCCUCCCCCCUUAUGGACCAUGAUCAUGUUGACUGCCUCCACCUUAUGGACCAUGAUCAUGUAGACUGCCUCCACCCUUAUGGACCAUGAUCAUGUUGACUGCCUCCACCCUAAUGGACCAUGAUCAUGUUGACUGUCUCCACCUUAUGGACCAUGAUCAUGUAGACUGCCUCCACCCUUAUGGACCAUGAUCAUGUAGACUGCCUCCACCCUUAUGGACCAUGAUCAUGUAGACUGCCUCCACCCUUAUGGACCAUGAUCAUGUUGACUGCCUCCACCCUAAUGGACCAUGAUCAUGUAGACUGCCUCCACCUUAUGUAGACUGCCUCCACCCUAAUGGACCACUAGUCCUAUGACUGACAGACACUAUAUGUAGCCAUGCCACACUGUAGCUCCCAGAGAUAUUAUUUAAGUAUUACAUGUUCUGAUAUUUAUUUGCAUAUUUCACAUCAAGACAACCAUAUUGGUUGUGCGCUCAUUGUCAUUUCUGUGAAAUGUUUUGUCACCAACAUGCCAAAUAACGGCAACGUUUUUGAAUAAAUGUGUACACCUUUAUAUUUAAAAUGA